AUGAUACUUUUGUAUUUCUCAUAUUAUUUGUCAUAUACAAAUUUAUUUUUCUCUGCGAAAUUGGUAAACGAUUACAAUUUUCAGAUAGAUCCUUGCAGUUUAAAGUAUUUCGAUUUUAAUGCUAGCAAACCGGAGAAAUUUUGUAGACUGAGGGAAGAUCUCUUUGACCAAAGAUUAUGGAAUUAUGUCGCUGGUUACCAAUGCUACUGCUACACAAACCCCAAUAGGUUCAAUAGAAAAUACGCAGUAAAUGUACUUCAUCAGAUCGACAUCAACGGUGACAAGGUGAAUGUCCCCGGUGUUUUGUUACCCAACAAUAUCACAAUAAACUUCGAUUACACCGACGAGGCAAGUUUGCGAUACAUCCGUAAAUCGUUCAAAAACAACAUCGUCUUCGACAAUUACAUGAGAUGCUGCAGGGAAGCGGAAAACUGCUGCAACAACGAAAUGAACAACGACAACAUCGAUAACAGCGAAACGUACUGUUCUGCUAUUUGGGACGCUUGGACUUGCUUUCCACCGACGAAAGUCAACACGGUCGCCAGAUUGCCCUGCUCCAGCCAAGCUUACCAAGACCCUGACGAAGUUUGCACUUUAGAAAGCGAAAAAGAAUGCAUAACGAACAGCCGAGGAUCCGCCGAAUGGGUCCAACAGACCGAUUACACGGUGUGCGCCAUAGCCCCCGUAUACGAAGGUCGCUACACCUUCCACAUAAUCUUCCUCAGCGUCUGCAUCGCCAUCUGCGUGCCCGCCAUCGGCGUAUUCUUCGCCUUCGACAAGCUGCGGAAGACCAUCAGGGUGGUCCUGCACAGGAACCUGCUGAUAGCGAUCUGCGUGCGGAACGCCUUCACCAUCAUGUCCAAGGAGCUGGUGCUGUUGGACCAGCUGAAGGGCUCGACGGAGAGCCACCACCGGAUGGAGCAGAACGGCGCCGGUUGCAGGACGCUGGCGUUCCUGGAGGCGUCGGCGGUGAAUUCGAUCUACGCCUGCAUGUUCCUGGACGCGUUCUACUUGCACAAGGUGAUCGUGAGGGCGUUCGCCAAGGAGAUUAGAAUGGUGUACGUUUAUAUCGGUUUGUUUGCGAUGACUUUUACGUUCAGCAUUUGUUGGGCAAUAUCGAUGGCCGUGAAAAAGGCCGAAAAUUGUUGGAUGGUCGACGUGGACGGUUUGCAAUGGACUUUAGAUGGUUACAGGAUUGCCGUUCUAAUUAUAAACACGUUUCUGCUAAUGGAUAUCAUGAGAGUUAUGCUGUGUAAAUUGAAGCACGGCAGUCUCACCAAACAAACCAUAUCAGCCUUCAAAGCGACCAUUAUUCUAAUACCUCUGUUCGGACUGCACAUCAUUGUUACUGCAAAGAAAAUCGUCUACGACGAUUCCUGCAAAGCAGAAGACCUCUACAACAAAGCCAGAUAUUCCAUGGAGGCCAUGCAGGGCAUAAUUGUAUCAAUAAUUUUCUGUUACGCCAAUCAAGAGGUUCGAAACGAGCUCAAAAAUGGUUACAGGAAAACGUGCAUUUUCCUGAAUCAAAGAUUCGGUUGGAACGUGGGAAAUGAUUUGUUAUACGAUAGAAGGAGGGCAACUACAGCUACUUUUGUGCAGGAAGCUAAUUUUUGA